CAAUCAUUUUAAACAGAAAUAAAGUGUAUAGUUGAACUGCUUUUGAGAUUUUCUGUCUUUUCGCCUUUUUCCAACGCAAUCUCUCUCGGUCCCUGCAUGAAACAGAGAGUUCCCCGAUGAAGUAUAUCCGAGCUAAUAGCUUGAAACGCUUGUUCUCGUUGAAGAGGCGCAGUUUCGAAGAAGGCGCCGUCGAUAACAGCCGUGGGGUUUUCGAGGAAGAAGACAAAGAUGGUGUCUUGAUUUCUUCGGCUGCUCAGAGACCUUCUUGGAAGUGUUUUUCUUUUGAAGAGAUUUUUGUCGCCACCAAUGGUUUCAGCUCAGAGAAUUUGGUCGGAAAAGGAGGGUACGCAGAGGUAUACAGAGGAGUGCUCAACAAUGGGGAAGAGAUUGCGGUGAAGAGGCUAACGAAAACUUACAGUGACGAAAGGAAAGAGAAGGAUUUCUUGACGGAAAUCGGCACUAUCGGCCAUGUUUGUCACCCAAAUGUGUUGAGACUUAUAGGCUGUUGCAUCGACAAUGGCCUUUUUCUCAUCUUCCGGUUCUCGUCUUUAGGCUCCGUUGCUUCUCGUCUCCAUGAUGCGAAUUCGCCGCCAAUGGACUGGAAAACAAGGUAUAAGAUAGCGAUUGGUACUGCAAAAGGACUCCAUUACUUGCACAAAGUGUGCCAAAGAAGGAUAAUUCACCGCGAUAUCAAGUCAUCCAAUAUUCUAUUGACUGCAGAUUUCGAACCCCAGAUAUCGGAUUUCGGACUGGCGAAAUGGCUUCCUUCUCAAUGGACACACCAUUCCAUUGCUCCAAUUGAAGGGACAUUCGGUCAUUUAGCACCCGAGUACUUCAUGCACGGAACCGUGGAUGAGAAAACAGAUGUGUUCGCAUUCGGGGUUUGCUUGUUAGAGAUCAUAUCGGGGAGGAAACCAGUCGACGCCUCGCACCAAAGCUUGCACUGCUGGGCAAAACCUCUGUUGAACCGAGAAGAGAUGGAUAAAUUGGUAGAUCCGAGGCUCAGAGGCUCCUUCGACAGCUCUCAGCUUAAGCGACUUAUGUUCACCGCAUCGCUUUGCAUUCGAACAUCGUCGGCCUGGCGUCCAACCAUGACCGAGGUUUUGGGGGUGCUUAUGGAGGGGGAAACGGAUAAAGAGAAAUGGAAAAUGCCAGAAGAAGAAGGGCAAGAAGAAUUGUGGGGAUUCGAGGAUCUUGAAUAUGAAUGUCACUCUUUCUCAGUUUCACCAGUUGAUUCCAUCUCUACUGCAGGUUCUUUGAGGGAAAGAAAUUGAAAAAGAAAACCCAAAAGAAAAAUCAAUUUAAUAUAUAUAUAUACACACACACACACAUUUGUCUCCAUGUAAA